AUGCUUGCUGCCGCGGGCUCCCUGGUGGCCGCCAUCUGGGCAGCGCUCCAUCUCCGGACUCUCUUGCUGGCUGUUGUCACCUUUCUGUUCCUGGCUGACUACUUCAAAAGCCGGCGCCCCAAGAACUACCCGCCAGGGCCACGACGCCUGCCCUUCGUGGGCAAUUUACUGCAGAAGGACAUGGAGAAGCCGCACGUAGCAGUCCAGCAGCUUGUAAAGAAGUAUGGGAAUGUUAUCAGUUUGGAUUUUGGGAUCAUGUCUUCAGUGAUUGUAAGCAGUCUGCCUUUAAUCAAAGAAGCCUUUACUCACCUGGAAGAAAACUUUAUGAGUCGCCCUAAAUUUCCAUUUGCAAAUUUUAUAUUCAAUGAAAAUGGACUGGUCUUCUCCAGUGGUCAGACAUGGAAGGAGCAAAGAAGGUUCGCUCUGAUGACUCUGAGGAACUUUGGGUUGGGAAAGAAGAGCUUAGAGCAGCGCAUGCAGGAGGAGGCCAGGCACCUUGUGGAGGCCAUAAAAGAGGAGAAAGGACAGCCUUUUGAUCCUCACUUCAUGUUCAACAAUGCUGUUUCCAAUAUCAUUUGCUCCAUCACCUUUGGGGAGCGUUUUGAGUACAAUGACAGUCAGUUUCAGGAGCUGCUGAGGUUACUGGAUCAGGCCAUAUAUUUUAGUUCCUCAAAGAUGGUCUGGCUAUAUAACACCCCGUGGAUAAUGAAACAUCUUCCUGGAUCACACCAAACAGCAUUAGCCUCCUGGAGACAACUGAAGUCAUAUAUUUCUGAUAUAGUUGAAAAUCACCGCAGAGACUGGAAUCCUGAUAAGCCGAGAGACUUCAUUGAUGCUUUCCUCACGGAAAUGACAAAGCACCCCGACAAAACUGCUACAAGUUUCAAUGAAAAAAACCUCAUCUGCAGCACUCUGGACCUCUUCAUUGCUGGAACAGAGUCAGUAUCCACGACCCUGCGCUGGGCUCUGCUCUACAUGGCGCUCUACCCAAAAAUCCAAGCAAAAGUCCACGCUGAAAUUGACAGAGUGAUUGGCCAGGAGAAGCAGCCCAGCCUGGCUGACCGAGACUCCAUGCCCUACACCAAUGCUGUUGUCCACGAAGUGCAGAGGAUGGCAAAUGUCGUCCCUCUAAGUGGUUUCAGAGAAGUGACAGUGGACACUAAGCUGGCGGGAUUCCAUCUGCCCAAGGGCUCCAUACUACAGACCAAUUUGACUGCACUGCACAAGGACCCUAACGAAUGGGCCACCCCAGAUGUCUUCAAUCCGGAGCACUUUUUGGAGAAUGGAGAGUUUAAGAAGAGAGAAUCCUUUCUGCCUUUCUCUUGGUUAAUACAUGCAUCUGCUACACCACCUGAUACACAGGAAAGGAAAUGCAGUGAUGACUUUUUCCCUUGUGCGUGCUACCAGGCAAGUUAUUUAAAGACUUCAGUGGCAGUGGUGUGGAAUCAAUAA